UAUUGACUGAGCAUGCGCACUAGCUGCCAUGUUUCUUUGGGAUUGAAAAAAAUGAUGGUGGACGAAGCACGCGACACAGCCUGCACUUAUUAAAUACCAAGUCACCAAGAAACGACGCUUUAAGUUCGACGCUAAUAUUUGAUGGAAGAAUCCGCAGUCCUUCACACUCCACAAGAGCCUAAUUGUGGAAUGCUGGAGUCUGAGCUCCCCGCCAUGGCCAGCAACGGCGAAGCCUACGCCCCUGUUCUAAACCAAGCUGAAGACUGGCACGUUGCGCAAGGUGCCCCUGAGCCACUCAAUAGCAUACCAGCACCCAAUGAUGGAGACCCGCCACCACCACCACCACCCCCGCCACCACCUCCUCCUUUGGGGCAUAGGUCUGUGGAAAAGAGCAUGGAGCAAUUUCAGAUUGCUAGCGCUCCGCUCUAUCAAGAGGAGCAGCCACCCCCACCUCCACCUCCGCUUCCGCUGCAGCCCUCGGAACAGGGUGACCAGCUGCCCAAACUCCAGUCUGAGUCUGUGGAGGCUCAGGAACAUAGCCAGGAAUUGGCUAAUCAAGGUGACACUCAGACACCACAAGCCACUGACGAAGUCAUGGAGAUGGAAGAGGCCCCAAAAGACGUAAACCAAGAACCCCCUCCCCCCAUGGAGCCAGAACUUCCCAGUGAGUUUGAAAGGCUCCUCAAAGGAUGCGAAGACAGCCCAGAAGACUUCAACGCUUGGGUCUACCUGCUGCAAUAUGUUGAGCAAGAGAAUAUCCUGGAAGCUGUGAGAAAAUCAUUUGAUGUCUUUCUACUGCGCUACCCAUACUGCUAUGGCUACUGGAAGAAGUAUGCUGACAUAGAAAAAAAGCAUGGCAACAUACAUGUGGCAGAAGAGGUGUACCGACGAGGCUUGCAGGCCAUCCCGCUGAGUGUCGACCUGUGGCUGCACUAUAUGACUUACAUCAAGGAGAACUCAGAUACAACUGACCCAGAAACUGAGGGGCGAAUUAGAGCGGCCUAUGAACAUGCGGUACUUGCUGCAGGCACAGACUUUCGCUCUGACCGUCUUUGGGAGUCUUUCAUCACUUGGGAGACGGAACAACAAAAACUUGGAAACGUCACAGCCAUUUACGAUCGCAUCCUGGCCAUCCCGACACAACUCUACUCUCAGCACUUCCAGAAGUUCAAAGAUCACAUACAGAACAACAACCCCAAACACUUCCUGUCUGAGGAAGAGUUUGUCCAACUGAGGUUGGAGCUCUCCAAAGCCAAUCUGGCAUCCAUGGUGAGAGAGGAUGAAGAAAACCCUGCCCCCCAAGAGGAAUUGCCGCCUGGCACAGAGGAUCUCGCCGACCCCGCCAAGAGAGUGACUGAGAUCGAGAACAUGCGUCACAAGGUGAUUGAGGCUCGACAGGAAGUGUUCAACCACAAUGAACAUGAAGUCAGCAAGCGCUGGGCUUUUGAGGAAGGGAUUAAGAGACCAUACUUCCACGUCAAAGCCCUUGAGAAGACCCAACUGAACAACUGGAGGGAGUACUUGGAAUUCGAGAUGGAGAACGGCACCCCGGAGCGCGUGGUGGUUCUGUUUGAACGCUGCCUCAUCGCUUGUGCUCUCUAUGAAGAGUUCUGGAUCAAGUACGCCAAGUAUCUAGAGGCCUACAGCAUCGACGGCGUCCGACACGUCUACAGGAAAGCAUGCACCGUCCAUUUGCCAAGAAAGCCUGCAGUCAACCUGCUGUGGGCUGCCUUUGAAGAGCAGCAGGGCAACGUGGAGGAGGCCCGAAACAUAUUGAAGACCCUGGAGGCGGUUAUUCCAAGUCUGGCCAUGGUGCGUCUGCGGCGAGUCAGUCUGGAACGUCGACGUGGCAACCUGGAAGAAGCGGAGGCGCUCCUGAAGGAGGCCAUGGACUCAUCAAAGAGCACCACAGAGACGUCAUUCUAUGCCGUGAAGCUGGCUAGGUUAUUUGUGAAAGUGCAGAAGAGCCUGAGCAAGGCGAAGAAGGUGCUGCUGGACGCGAUUGAAAUAGAUCAGACAAGUCCAAGGCUCUACCUCAACUUGUUGGAGCUGGAGUACGAGGAUGUGACGCAGAAUGAAGCCAACAUCUUGGCCUGCUUUGACAGUGCCCUGAAGAGCCCCAUGGAGGCGGAGGCGCGCCUCCUCUUCGCACAGCGCAAAGUAGAGUUCUUGGAAGACUUCGGCACCGACAUCAACUUGCUGGUGGCCGCAUACAAUGAUCACCAGCACUUACAGAAAGAAGUGGAGUCGUCCAAAGCGAAGGCGGAGAACGGUUAUGACAGUUCUCAGGAACCUGACGCCAAACGUCAGCGCGUGGACGAUGAUGAGGCAGCUGCUGCAGCUGCAGCCGCCGCAGCAACAGACAUGACCAACAGCUCAGCAUACAAUUACAACUGGUACCAGCAACAGUAUGGUGCUUGGAACCAAAACUCCUGGGGGCAGUACAACCAAUAUGCCCAGUAUAACCAGUACUACCCUCCUCCUCCAACAUGAUGGAUACAUCCUGACCUCCAUUGAAGACUCGUAGCAAAGCGUCCCUCAAUGCUCGGCUUUGGUCUCGGUGGAAAGGCGAAUGUGUCUUAGCUUUUUAAAUUAAAAGACAACAAACGCUGAUGUCAAGUUUAGUUGAACUGAGCUAAUAUUGAUUCCACAUGUACAUUGUAGCAACUUUUUGGGAUUUAAAAUGCAUGUUUGUAAAGACAGGCUUACUUCUUCCUCCCCUCUGCUCCGUUUCUCAACUGGAAGGCUUAGGUUUUCAUCAUCCCUGUGGGUUCCGUUUAAUUUUAAGAAUUUUAAAUUGUUCACAGUUGUUUCAAAAAUCCCCAAAUUUAGUUUUUUUUGUUUUGAUUUCAUAAUAAAGAGAUUGUCCUCAUGCACCUGCUA